AUGACAAAACAACAACUAUACUUGAAAUCAAUAGAAUAUGAUCCAACCGAUUCCUACUCAUACUUUAACCUUGCAACAACACUUUCAAGUGGUGAAUCAAUCACACUUCAUAACGGUCAAUCAAUGACACAACAACAACUAUACUUGAAAUCAAUAGAAUGUGAUCCAACCAACUCCAACUCAUACUUUAACCUUGCAGUGACACUUUCAAGUGGUGAAUCAAUCACACUUCAUAACGGUCAAUCAAUCACACAACAACAACUAUACUUGAAAUCAAUAGAAUAUGAUCCAACCGAUUCCUACUCAUACCAUAACCUUGCAACAACACUUUCAAUUGGUGAAUCAAUCACACUUCAUAACGGCCAAUCAAUGACAAAACAACAACUAUACUUGAAAUCAAUAGAAUGUGAUCCAACUUAUUCAAGUUCAUAUAAUAACCUUGCAACAACACUUUCAAGUGGUGAAUCAAUCACACUUCAUAACGGUAAAUCAAUGACAAAACAACAACUAUACUUGAAAUCAAUAGAAUAUGAUCCAACCAACUCCAACUCAUACUUUAACCUUGCAACAACACUUUCAAUUGGUGAAUCAAUCACACUUCAUAACGGUCAAUCAAUGACAGAACAACAACUAUACUUGAAAUCAAUAGAAUGUGAUCCAACCGAUUCCUACUCAUACUUUAGCCUUGCAACAACACUUUCAAGUGGUGAAUCGAUCACACUUCAUAACGGUCAAUCAAUGACAAAACAACAAUUAUACUUGAAAUCAAUAGAAUAUGAUCCAACCGAUUCCUACUCAUACUUUAGCCUUGCAACAACACUUUCAAUUGGUGAAUCAAUCACACUUCAUAACGGUCAAUCAAUGACAAAACAACAAUUAUACUUGAAAUCAAUAGAAUGUCGUCCAAACAAAUGCCUAUCAUAUUAUACUCUGGCAAAUACACUUUCAGUUGGUGAAUCAAUCACACUUAAUGAUGGUAAAUCAAUGACUGUACAACAACUAUACUUGAAAUCGAUAGAGUGUUAUCCAACUGAUUCCAACUCAUACUUUAACCUCGCAUUGACACUUUCAAGAGGUGAAUCAAUCACACUUCCUAAUGGAGAAUCGAUGACACAACAACAACUAUACUUGAAAUCAAUAGAAUGUGAUCCAAAGAAUUAUAAAGCUCGGAUACCCUUAUAUCCUUGCAUUGACACUUUCGAACAACAAACAAGCAAUUACACUACCAGAUGGUGA